AUGAAGCCCGCGAUCACGCGUUACCUGAAUGGGGAGCUGCACGCCUACCAGGUACCCAGCACCGUGGACGAGCCACUAGGACCGGUAGCGACCUACCGGAUCGAGCCCGAGGACGAAGACGUCCAGAGCCAUGCGGCCGCCCCAGACCUCAACCGGGCAGUCUUCACGACCUGCAACAAGGCGAUAUGCAUUGGCCAGGAUGGUGGCAUGCUAUGGCGCUACGAGUUCGAGCCUCAUACUACCCAGGACUUCCCUAGGACUGCGUGUAUAUUCUCCCUCGACGGGACCUGGGUGUGGUUAUAUCGGCCCGACGCGAUGACGAGUCGUGGCCCCGACCUGUUGGUCGUUUUGCGUGCCGACACGGGCGAGGUGGUCGCCCGGGCGGAGCUAGACAGCGUCGGGCAGGGAGCCGAGCUCGUGCAACAUCCCGACGGGCGUCAUGUCAUGCUAGAUGUGGGCGAGGGCCAGGACGGGGUGAAACUCUUCCUCGCGGCGCUCACCGAUGGCGGCAUAGACCUACGCUCCUACGGGUGGGACGACCAGGUCCUGGUUGACAUCGCGCCCGGCGGGUGGUUUUUUAUGACCAUCGACGACUGCCGGUCCGACGUCGCCUUUCGCGCCUUUCCUAGUGGAGAGGUGGUCCUACACUUGCCCAUCACAGCUUUCGGUUAUGAAGAUGAUGAUUCACUUAUGGACUGGAACGGCGGCUUUCUCAGCCCAUAUAUUGCAGUUGUCACGAUUACGGGUGAGCUGGACAACAAAUCGUGGCAUCACCAUUAUAAGGUCAACCUCCGCACUGGUAAACCGCUCGACCGCUUCGAGGCGCACUCCCGCGACAGCUACGACCUCAAAACCCUCGGUGAUGGUACUUGGAUCGUCUCCGAUCUAGACGCGAAACAUUUCAAAUCAAAGGGCAAGACUGCGAGCGUCACCGCGGUUCUUCAAUUCGCGAACCGCGCAUUAAGCAAGGGGUCGCCCCCUGUUGGUACCGGGUCUCCCACAGAAGCAUGGAAAUGGAACUCAGGCGACUACAAAACGAAAGAGUGGGUCCCACAAGGAAUCACUAGCUCUGCCGAUGCGCUCGAGAAAGGAACCUGGAACGAGCACGAGGCGUGGAUUAACGGUAUCCGUGCCUUUGAUCUCGAUAACAUUUGGGAGGUUGAGAUUGCAGACGGGUUUGGAAAGACAAAGGAUGGGAAGGGAUACUCUGCAGAUGGGUACCGAUAUGUGCUUCCUCAAAUCCGCUGGUACAAAUGGACCCCUGGGGAUUCAUCCCCCUUCCGCUUCUCCUGGAUUUCUCUUGACCGCAGUGACUCCCCCGACACCCUUAUGGUAGGCGAGUUUGUUCGCGAAGGAGAAAAUUUCAAGGACGAUAAAACCCCGGUACCCAUUCGCUACGUGAAAUUUGAACUUGACGCUACAACCCGCCAGCUGCGUACCAACGACAAGGGGAUUUCUACCGCAACCUGGGCGCAUUGUGUCGAUAUAGCCGGUGUCCAAGGUGGUGUCUCACACGACAGUGAGUUCUAUAUCUCGAGCAGCAACGGCAGAGCUCCUAAGGCAGUCGAUCUUUUCACUUGGGAACAAGGCGAGACGGCAAAAGAGCACAAGUGGUGGUUUAUGGCAGGUAAUGAAGACUUGAGCUUCAAUUCUGUUCGAAAGGAAUAUUAUACUGUUACGGAGUAUGAUGAAUGGAGAUAUAUCCUGGCCUACAAGGUUUAG